AAGCACUAGCUAGCCCUGCCAACGGUAGGUCGACGUGCGAUUGACCGAUUAGGUCACCAGUCAGACCUUGGCUCAGGAAGCAGUCGGGUUUCGCGUCAAAGCAUCAUCUGCUAACCAGGUCGGCGUCUACAAAACGUACUUUAGGCUCAGCUAACGCAUACAUGCUGCUGCAUUCUCCAACCACCCACACUUUCUCUCCUUCGCCAUAACUUGACGCUCGCUCACCUCACCACUCACGACGAACGACUUACUCAUCUUCCUACACCGCAACACACCCUGCGAACAAAUGACGAUAUGAUGCAAACAGAUAUAACGCCACCGAAGCCGUUUCGGGUUGUUAUUGUCGGCGCUGGCAUUGUGGGACUCAGUUUAUCGCAUGCCCUUCAGCUUGCCAAGAUAGACCAUGUCGUCUUGGAGAAAUACGAUAGGGUCAAAUCUGUCAAAGGAGCAGCGUUGAUCAUCUGGCCAAAUGCGGAGCGGAUCUUUGAUCAAUUCGGCUUCCUGCCCAAGAUCUUGAGCACCAUCACACCUGUUACCACAGAGUAUCGUCGCUGGCCAGAUGGAACCAUCAAUGGGAACCGCAGUACUAUGAACAGGUUCCACGAGCUCUUUGGGGUGCCACCUGUUUUGUUCGACCGACAGUCUUGCGUGGCUCAUUUGUACGAUAACUUGCCAGAUCAGUCAACAGUCAAGUUGAACAAGCGUGUUGAACGCAUCGAACACACCGAGACCGGCAUCCGCGUAGUCCUCACCGACGGAACAGUCGAAGAAGGUGACAUAGUCAUUGGCGCAGAUGGCGUCCACAGUACUGUCAGAUCUCAAAUGUGGGACUACGCAAGCAAGUUUGAACCGAACACAGUCCCGGAAUCGGACAAGUCAGUACUUUUCAGCGAGUACGAUGCCAUGUUCGGGGUCAGCAAAAUGAAGGGCGAACCCGAGGACUACGGUUUGGCGGCCGCUGAGACGAAUAUUGUCUUUGGGCAGGGUGUGACGAAGUUAUUCUUCCAGCAGCAAGGCCAACAGAUGUGGGCGCUCGUCUUCAAGGACAAAUACAACCAGCCACCCAAGAGGUUCAAGGCUACCAAUGAAAACAUGGAAGAGGUCGCUAGACGCUUCGCUGAUGUUGCUCUGAACGAGAAUAUCAAGUUCAGUGAUCUGUGGGAGUCGAGAACAAGAGUUGGUCUCCUCACAAUUGAGGAGGGCGUGCUAUCACAGUGGCAUGCGGGCAGGAUUGUCUUGGUGGGAGAUUCCGCACACAAGAUGACAGCAGACCUAGGCAUCGGCGCGAACAUUGCGAUUGAAGAUGCCGUCGCGCUUUGCAACAUCUUGCAUCGUGAGCUGAAGGCCGACCGCAAUCGCCAUCCCACCAAGUCUGAGAUCACCUCCAUAUUCGUCGAGUACCAGAAAGAGCGAUGGGACCGAGCAAAGGCAUUUACCGACCUUUCCGGAAAGGCUACGAGGAUGAACUCAUACGACACUCUCUUCGGCAGAGUAUUUGCAACCUACAUAGCGCCCUAUCUAUACGAGGCGCAUAUCACCAAACUUGCCACGGCUUGGGCAAAGGCGCCAAAGUUGGACUAUGUGCCAGUGCAAACCAUAGACGAGAAUGCACCAGGGUGGCUGCUGGCGAAGGAAGAAGAGAAGGCCUCGAGCACACCGUGGCUGGUAUAUGCUGGCGUCAGUGCAUUAGUUACAGGAUUGGCCGUGUCGCGGUAUGGUUUUCCUAAGCUGUGAUUGCUUAAGCUGUCAGAUGCUUGCUUGACUUCUAGUCAUCCGCACGCGUCUUUGCGUGCGAGAAAGACAUAAGAAAGGAGUGAAUCGCUUACUACUCUUAACUCGUUUAGUCACUUCGUAUGUACUUUCCAAUUCAUUUCCAUAAGGUUCCGUGUGGGCCAUCUGCGCCUUCACUUCU